GAAGAGCUUCUGCCUCAGAGCUCAUCUCAAUCUCCUCUCUGGCAGGUUAAAGCCAUUCCCCUUGUCCUGUCCCUGCAUGCCCUUAUCCAAAGCCCCUGUCCAGUAACCACCCAUCCCUCUGCCCCCCAGGAUGAGUUCCACCCCUUCAUCGAGGCGCUGCUCCCCCACGUCCGGGCCUUCGCCUACACGUGGUUCAACCUGCAGGCCCGCAAGCGCAAGUACUUCAAGAAGCAUGAGAAGAGGAUGACGAAGGACGAGGAGAGGGCGGUAAAGGAUGAACUGCUGAGUGAGAAGCCGGAGGUGAAACAGAAAUGGGCCUCACGCCUCCUGGCCAAGCUGCGCAAGGACAUCCGGCCCGAGUGCCGCGAGGACUUCGUGCUCUCCAUCACCGGCAAGAAGCCCUCGUGCUGCGUCCUCUCCAACCCUGACCAGAAGGGGAAGAUGCGCCGCAUCGACUGCUUGCGGCAGGCAGACAAGGUGUGGCGGCUGGACCUGGUCAUGGUCAUCCUCUUCAAAGGGAUCCCACUGGAGAGCACCGACGGCGAGCGCCUGGUCAAGUCAGGCCAGUGCACCAACCCCAUCCUCUGUGUCCAGCCCCACCACAUCAGUGUCUCCGUCAAGGAGCUGGACCUCUACCUGGCUUACUUCGUCCGUGAGAGAGAUGCAGAGCAGAGCAGCAGCCCCCGGACGGGCAUUGGCUCAGACCAGGAGGACAGCAAACCCAUCACGCUGGAUUCCACAGACUUCCAGGAAAGCUUCGUCACCUCGGGGGUGUUCAGCGUCACCGAGCUCAUCCAAGUGUCCCGAACACCGGUGGUGACAGGCACGGGUCCAAACUUCUCUCUUGGGGAGCUCCAGGGCCACCUGGCCUAUGACCUGAACCCCUCCAGCACCGGCAUGAGGAGGACACUGCCCAGCACCUCCUCCAGCGGGAGCAAACGGCACAAGUCGGGGUCCAUGGAGGACGACAUCGACACCAGCCCAGGGGGCGAGUACUACACCUCCUCCAACUCCCCCACCAGCAGCAGCCGCAACUGGACAGAAGACAUGGAAGGGGGCAUCUCCCCCACCGUGAAGAAGACGGAGAUGGACAAGUCCCCCUUCAACAGCCCAUCACCCCAGGACUCCUCGCCCCGGCUGAGCAGCUUCACGCAGCACCACCGUCCCGUCAUCGCGGUGCACAGCGGUAUCGCUCGAAGCCCUCACCCAUCAUCUGCGCUGCAUUUCCCCACCACCUCCAUCCUCCCCCAAACGGCCUCCACCUACUUCCCCCACACGGCCAUUCGGUACCCGCCUCAUCUCAACCCGCAGGACCCACUGAAAGAUCUCGUCUCGCUGGCCUGUGACCCGUCCAACCAGCAGCCCGGACCGUUAAAUGGAAGUGGUCAAGUGAAAGUGCCCAGCCACUACCUGCCCCCGCAGAUGCUGGCGCCGCCACCUCCCCCUGGCAUGCCCCGCUUGGCCGUCUCUCCUGACACCAAACCCACCACGACAACUACCGAGGGAGGGACGACCUCGCCGACAUCACCCACCUACUCUGCACCAGGCACGCCCCCUGCGAACCGUUCCUUCGUGGGAUUAGGACCAAGGGAUCCUGGGAGUAUCUAUCAGGCACAGUCCUGGUACCUGGGAUAACCGCCGCCGUGCCGCCCCUUCGCCUCCCUUCUCUGCUUUAGGCACCCCCAGAGGAACAUCCCUGAGCACCAGGCCCAGCCUUGCGGUGACGACGGAGAGCGUGGACUCAUGACGACGACGACGACAACGACGACGACAAGUAAAACCCACACCCGAAGGAAAGAGCGAGGGAAAGGAAGAAGGAAAAGGGUCAAACUUUUUCAAAAAGGAAAACAAAAAAACCCCACACAAACAACACACCCCCAGCCCAGGAGGAUCCCAACCCCUCCCCCCCCGGAAAACAAAGAAACACACACAAAAAAGGAGAGAAAAAAACACUAUUAUUUGCCCCCAUCGGCCGGCGCUGAGACCUGACACAACUCGUGCCAGCGAUGCUCCUGCAGCGCCUGAGCCCCAGCGGCUGCCGACUCCCUCGGUCCUGCCUCCAUGUGAGUAGAAAAGAUCAAACCCCCCUUUCGCCGUCCCCCCACCCGGCCCCACACAGACUCUCGGGGGGGCCCCGGGGGUGACACGGUGACAUGGUGCUGCAGUGGCCGGGGCUCGGCUUGUCACGACUUGUCACAGGAGGAAGGGGGCUGGGGGUCCCCCACCAGUCCCUUCCCCCCCUACCGUGUCCCCGUGUCCCCCACACGUGUCCCCACGCCGGGGGGGGGCUGUGAUGAGGGGACACGUCCGUGUGUCUGAGCUAUGCAUUCCUGUGGACAGGUACAGGGGGGAGGGUGGGGGGGUGCGAUUGUGUUGCACAUUUGUAGGAAAUGCACUUUGAAGAGGGAAUGGU